AUGGCAUCUGCAUUAUUUUCAAACUUAACUAAAACAAUAAUUCAAGCAUAUAAUGAAUUUACAAAGCCGAGUGCAACAGUUAGUGAACAUGAUAUAUUACGCUGUCAAAAUAUGUUGAGGGACAAUAUUAUUCUUUUUAAUAAUUUACUAUCAAACGUAAAUAGUACUGUUAGUGAACGGCAAAGUUUACAGCAUAAUAUUGGUGUGUCAUAUGCAUACAUCGACAAAUUGGCUCAGUUAGGUUCAGUUGUAGUUGGUGGAAAUUUAGCUGCAAAAAGUUUAGUGCAGUGGCAGGACUUGGAAAAUGCAUUUAAUAACCGUAUUAAAACCGGAUGUAUAUUAAACCAAGGCCAUACAGAUGUGCGAACAUUUUUGAUGGAUUCAAAAAAUACAUUAUUCGAUAAAAUUAAAAAUAUUAUUCUUCAAGAGGGUAAUAUUAAAGUUAGUUUAAAUCUUUCGUGUUUAUUCGAGAAUGUGAAAGGUGGUGGUGAUAAGAUUGAAGAAAUAAAAUCUUUUAAGACGCAGAGUAGUGAAAUUUUAUCAACGACAGACCUUCAUAGUUGGUUUACGGACAAUGUGUAUGAAGUGUUAUUAAGAAAAAUUGAUGACUUCAAUCAGAAAGACUCAGGAUGGAGUCUAAUUGAAGUUAUGAAUUUGGUUGUAAACAUCUCUAGAUAUGCACCUUUAGAAGUUGGCAUGGCGAAAGUACGAGGCAUAUCAACUUAUGUGCGUCUUCCUCAAGACAUUCAAGAAAAAAAAGCUGUCCUGAACAUUGAAAACUUCGAUGCUUAUUGCUUUUUGUGGGCUGUCACAGCAGUGCUAUAUCCCGCACGCACAAGUCAUCCUGAGAGAACUCAAUCAUACCCUCAGUUUUCCGACUCAGAGCUAAAAUACGCAGGUAUAAAAUUUCCGAUAGUAUUAAAAGAUAUAGCGAAGUAUGAAAGUUUGAAUAAUUUAGCUAUAAAUGUUUAUGGUAUAGAUCCUCAAACAGUGAUUAAAAAUGGAAAAUCGUAUCAAAACUCAUUUGAUAAACAUAAGCUAGAUUGUAUAAAAUUUAAUAAAAUUAGAAUGGAACUGCCUACGAAAGAGGGAAAAAUACUAAAAUUUAAAAAUUAUAAAUACAAAGAUAUCGUACCGUUUGUUGUUUACGCUGAUUUGGAGUGCACUCUGUUACCUGAGUCAGCUAAUAAUGAUAAUGGUUCUCAAACACAUAUCCCUCACAGUAUUGCCAUGUACACGCAUUGUAGUUAUGAAGAAACUCUAUGUAAAUUUGAAAUAAAUCGGUCACCUGAUUGUAUUGAGUGGUUUACAAGGAAACUUGAAAAUCUUGCACAUAAAGUAAACAGUUUUCUGUGGGGUGGAAUAGCAAUGAAACCACUAAAUUCUGAAGAAAUAAGAUAUCACAAUUCUAUGAAUAUUUGUCAUAUUUGCUCGAAAGUAAUAUUAGCAAAUGAAAAAAAAUGUCAUGAUCACUGUCAUUUUACAGGGAAAUACCGGGGUCCAGCUCAUAACUCUUAUUCUUUUAGAUUUAUGGCAUCAAGCAUAGAAAAAUUAGCUUCAUAUCUAACUAACGAUGACAAACAAAUAACUCGUAAAUACUAUACUGAUCCUGAUAAAUUCAAAUUAAUGAUACGUAAAGGUGUGUUUCCCUGUGAAUACAUAGAUAGUGUUGAUAAAUUAGAUGAUAAACAGUUACCAGAAAAACAAUUAUUUUACUCUAAGCUAAAUGAUAAUGAUGUAUCCGAUGAGGAUUACAAUCAUGCUCAAGAAGUUUGGAAUAAGUUUAAUAUUAAAACAUUAGGCGAAUAUUCAGAUUUGUAUUUGAAGACAGAUGUCUUAUUGUUAGCGGACAUUUUUGAAAACUUUCGUCAUAGUUGUCAGAAGACUUAUGAGCUAGACCCGUUACACUAUUUUACAUCACCAGGACUUAGUUUAGAUGCAAUGUUAAAGAUGACAAAUAUUGAAUUAGAGUUAUUGACUGAUGCGGAAAUGAUACUCUUUAUUGAAAAAGGCAUUAGAGGUGAAGUAUCUCAAUGUACAAAUCGAUAUGCGCAAGCAAACAAUCGUUUUAUGGGUGAUGAUUUCGAUCAAAAUAAAGAUGAAUCAUAUUUAAUGUACUUUGAUGUAAACAAUUUGUAUGGGGGUGCAAUGAGUAUGUCAUUACCUCAGAGCUCAUUUAAAUGGAAGGAAAAUAUUACUCUUGAUAACAUAAAUACUUUAUUCAAUGCUAAUCGUUCUGAAGGAUAUAUAUUAGAAGUAGAUUUAGACUAUCCGAUCAUUUUACAUGAGCUCCAUAAAGACCUACCAUUGUGCCCUGAACAUUUUGUACCUCCGAACUGUAAACAAGCAAAAUUGGCAACAACGCUUUAUUCUAAGAAAAAUUAUGUUGUACAUUAUAAGAAUCUGCAACAAUAUCUUACUCUAAGUAUGAAGCUUGUGAAAGUUCAUAGGGUUCUAAAAUUUAAACAAUCGGCAUGGUUAAAAUCGUAUAUUGAUAAAAAUACAGAAUGUCGAAAAAAUGCUAGAAAUGAAUUUGAAAAGAACUUUUACAAGCUCAUGAACAAUGCAGUAUUUGGUAAAACAAUGGAAAAUGUGAGAAAAUAUAAAGAUGUUAAGUUAGUGACAAAAUGGCAUGGUAGAUAUGGUGCGAAAUCUUUAAUAUCGAAACCGAAUUUCCAUAGUUUUACCAUUUUUGAUAAAGAAUUAUUAUUAAUUGAGUUAAAAAGAGUUAGAGCUAAUUUUAAUAAACCAAUUUAUGUUGGAUUUACUAUACUUGAUUUAUCAAAAACUUAUAUUUACGAUUUUCACUAUAAUUACAUUAAAAAACAAUUUACUAAUGAUGAAUCAAAACUUAUGUAUACUGAUACUGAUAGUUUAAUUUACUAUUUUAAGGUUCCGAAUAUAUAUGAAAUCAUUAAACGUGAUAUUAAAAUGUUUGACACCUCCGAUUAUCCUCCAAACAAUAUUUAUGAUAUUCCAUUAGUAAAUAAAAAAGUUGUUGGUCUCAUGAAAGACGAGAAUAAUGGUGAAAUUAUGAGCGAGUUUGUAGGACUUAGAGCUAAGCUGUAUGCAUUCAGAACUCAUAAAAAUAUGAAAGCUAAAAAAAGAGCAAAAAGAGUCAAAGGAUCAACUUUAAGAACUAUCACGUUUAAUGAUUUUAAAAACUGUCUUGAAAAGCACACCAAUGUUAUUAAACCCCAAUUCCUGAUUAGAAGUAAUAAACAUGAGGUUAAGACGAUUAAACAAACUAAAUUAGCUCUGAGUUGGAAUGAUGAUAAAAGAAAGUUGCAAGAGAAUUCUCCAGAUACAUUACCAUGGGGAUAUAAAAAACUGAAAAAUUAA